AUGCUUGCAAAAAUCGUCGUUGACUUUCAAAAUUGCCUCAUUUUCAUUCUUAUAUCCUUAUUUUCUCUCCUUUGCCUCUUUGUAUUCGUCUUCAAGAAGCCAAAGGACUCACGAGGCUGUGAUCUGCCUCCGAGCCCUCCUUCUCUUCCGAUAAUCGGUCAUCUUCACCUUAUACUCUCUACUCUACCUCACAAGUCCUUUCAAAAUAUAUCCUCCAAGUAUGGACCUCUUCUCCUUCUCCGAUUUUUCAAUGUCCCCGUUGUCCUCAAAUCCUCUGCCAAUGUGGCCUACGAGAUCUUCAAGACGCACGACGUGAACAUCUCGUCCCAUGGCCACCCUCCGAUUGACGAGUGUCUCUUUUUUGGGUCUUCUAGCUUUGUAGUGGCUCCUUAUGGAUAUUACUGGAGGUUAAUGAAGAAGCUCAUGGUCACAAAGCUGUUCGGACCUCAGGCACUCGAGCGGUUACGACACGUCCGUGAAGAUGAACUAGAAAGGUUUCACACAAACCUGCUUAGUAAGGAAAUGAAAGGCGAGACUGUCCAGAUUGCUAAGGAAGCAAUAAAGCUGACUAACAAUAGCGUCUGCAAAAUGAUCAUGGGUAGGAGUUGUUUAGAGGAGAAUGGUGAUGCAGCAAGAGUUAGGGGAUUGGUCACCGAGACAUUUGCCUUGGUUAAGAAAAUCUUCUUGACACAAGUGUUGCGUAGGCUGUUUGAAAUACUCGGAAUCUCACUGUUCAAAAAAGAGAUAUUGGGUGUUUCCCGCAAAUUCGACGAGUUUCUGGAAAAGAUUCUUGUGGAACACGAUGAGAAACCGGACUUUCAAGGUGGAGACAUGAUGGACGUGUUGUUGGCAGCUUAUCGAGAUGAAAAUGCAGAGUAUAAGAUCACUAGGAACCAUAUCAAGUCGUUGUUCGCGGAGCUUAUCCUUGGAGGCACUGACACCUCAGCGCAGACAAUUGAGUGGACAAUGGCAGAAAUCAUUAAUAAGCCUAACAUUCUUGAGAAAUUGAGAAAAGAACUCGAUUCUGUUGUAGGAAAAACAAGGCUGAUUGAAGAGAAGGAUCUACCAAACCUCCCUUAUCUGCAAUCGGUCGUCAAGGAAGGGCUAAGAUUGCACCCACCAGCGCCUGUGUUUGGAAGGAAAGUCCUAGAAGGAUGUACGAUUAAAGGCUAUUAUGUACCAAAGAACACAGCUCUUGUUGUUAAUGCUUAUGCUGUGAUGAGAGAUCCCCAUUAUUGGGAAGAUCCUGAUGAGUUUAAGCCAGAGAGGUUUUUAACUACUUCAAGCAAAAAAGAAGAGGAGAGAGAGCAAGAACUUAAGUACAUUCCUUUUGGCAGCGGAAGGAGAGGAUGUCCUGGAGUAAAUCUAGGUUAUAUAUUUGUAGGAACCGCAAUAGGAAUGAUGGUGCAUUGCUUUGACUGGAGAGUCAAAGGAGAUAAGGUCAACAUGGACGAGACUGCUGCUGCAUUGACCUUAAACAUGGCCGUGGGACGAAGAGACACGUGUUGAUGAUGAGCUGGAGAAUAAAUGAGCAACUUGAACGUUAACGGCGAUAGUUGGUGAUGGA